AUCAAUUAAUGAAAGAGGUAGGUUACAUGAGCUGCACAACUGAGAUUGUGUAUGUGUGAGCAUUUGUGUGUAUUCUUUCUGUUGACUCACAUCUGUCCUUAGGUACUUCACAAACAACUAAUUUUGUCUUGAACAAAGUGGUGGUAAAGGGGAAGCCUUCGGGGAGGAAUGAAACCAUUCAUGAUGGUACUAAAAAGACAGGUGAGAUGGUGGCAUUUUGGUGUUGCUUCUAUCAAUGGAGUAAAAUUAUCAGUGUAAUAUUUGUCGUCAUUGUUUAGGAGCUUCCAAAAAAAAGAAAAAGUGAGAAAGGUAGUUGGCAAAAAUUGCUGUUGCGUCUGUGGGAAGGAGGCUGGGUCACACCACUGUCAAUCAUGUGGUGAGACAGUACAUUCCAUCCCACCUUGUAGCGUACCAGCUCCUGAAGCUGAGGAGGGUUAUGGAAUGCUAUGUAACUGCAAACAUUGUCAAGAUGGUUCUAAGUCCUCAGAAGAUGAUGAUUGCCAGGGUCUUACAGGUCUUACAGCAGGAUCUGUUGAUGCAGACAAAUUGAUUGAAGAUUAUGAUAGCGAACCCAGAAAGGGGUGCCCGGAUUUCAAAUUAGCAGUUGUCCGCAAUAAAGGACGACAAAAGACCAAAGCAAAAGUUCCUUCAAAAUGGAAUUUUACGAGCCUUGUUGAUCGUCCUCCUACUUGUUGCAUCUGUGAUGGAAAUGUAGAUAGUGACCAUACGUGUUCCCAAUGCCAGAGUACAGGACAUGCAUCACACCCCUGUUCUAGCCCUGAUGGUAAUGGUGGCCGUUUGUGUAACUUUUGUGAAGCUUCUCUGGAUAAAUUAUUGUCUUCCAACGAUCCCCCUUCAACCCAGGUUGUGAAACCCUGUUGGGGCUGUUAUGAGCCUCUGCUCCUGAGGCUAGCCAAGAAAGGGCAAUUUGCAGGCAAGAAGUCUUUUUAUAGUUGCAAGACGCCGCAGCGAACCCCUAGAUACACUGGGCUGCCCCUAUCUGCUCUGGAUGACCUUAAAAGAGGACACUCUUUAACUGACGAACAUCUGAAUGCUGCAUGCAUAAUGCUGAAGGCAGCUUUUAGUGACCUGGGUGGACUGACAGCUCCCCAAAAUGUAGUACGCUUUGAGAAUCACAUCAGUGUGGCUCCUCGUAUCGCUGAAGCCCAUGAAGACUACAUCCAGAUGCUAAAUACUGGCACAGGGCAUUGGGUGUUACUCAUAGUGUCCAAAGGUCAACCAUAUCUUAUGGACAGUUUAUGGACAGGCAAGAUGACUCUCCAUACAAAGUCCCAAAUAAAAGAUAUAAUGAGCUUGAAUGACAAUUUCAGUGUUAUCAUACCCGAAAUCCAGCAGCAGGACAAUAGCACUGAUUGCGGCCUUUAUGUCAUUGCAAAUGCUGUGGAAUUUGCUAAGACCCGCCAAGUUCAAAAAGUUUAUUUUAUCAGAGAAGAGCUGAGAUCACAUUGGCUAAAGCCCACAACAAACUGUUUUCACAGAUUAUGUCGUGCAAGUUACAUCACUUACCAGCGCCAAAAUUGCCUGUUGAAAGAUCCUCAACCAGGCCACACAUGUUGCAAGCACUGCAAAGUACAGAACAAGGGAGGCCAUGUAUGUGAAUGUGUAGUGUGUUUAGAUCCAACAUCAGAUAAUGCAAAUUUAAUACCUGUACUUUGUAAGGUUUGUGUGAAACCAGUGCAUGAAUUUUGUUCCAAGUAUGUAAUUGAAGAGGACAGCCGUUACUGCUUCUUUUGCCACAUCAAGAAAAAUACCAACUUGGAGAAGGAGGUUGUGGAAGAGGUUCUUAGGGGGAAAGGACCCAUUUCCAAGGACCAUAUAAUUUCUGCAUCCGCCUUCCUCAAAGAACAGUUCUCUGACUUGGGCGGCUUGGCGGAACCUAAAGAUGUAGUCAGAAAGAAGGAGUAUCUUCUGUUUUGCUAUGACAAUGCACUUGAUGACCAGGAUUAUGUUCAGUUUCUCAGCACUGGAACUAGUGACUGGGUCUUGUUAGUAGUACAAAAAGGAAAACCUUAUUUGUUGUGCAGCGAUGUGCAGUCCAAGCUCACAUCUGAAGUAGAAACACAGGUGGCGGUCAUCAUGAACUGCUUUCAAAGCGAGUUCACUAUAUUCUUGCCUGUCAUUAAAAACUGGCGUGACCAUGAUAGAUUGUGAUAUGUGUGGUGAUUGGUACCACCCUAAUUGUGUUGAUGAAUCAGACACAAAUGUCAAAUCGGUGUGUGCUCUCUGUACACCUGAGACAAAUUAAAGAGAUAAGCGUUCUUUGUAACCAUUGUUUUGUUAGAUUAAUGCGAUAAAACAUAAAACCUAAUUAUGGUUGGCGUUGUGUCAUCCUUCAUAUUUUUUAACUUAGCCUGUGAUCUGUUUAUUGAAAAUUGCACAACGCACAACAAUAAAUACAGUACUAUAAUUAAUGGUCGUUUCUUUCCGUGAUUACAAUAUAUUUUAUAAACGCCUGG